UUACACCAUUUCCACUAUCAUUAUUGCAGUUAAUGCUAUAUAUUUUUUAAGUAUGUAUGCACCGCAGUGUGACUUUUAAAGUAAAUAUCAAGGGAAUUUUUUGCAUCUGGGUCCCCUGAAACUCUUUUCAUCCACCUCAUUAUUAUUUUGUUCAGAGCAUUAAUCAACAAAGAAAAAAUAACUUGUCAGGUCAUAUUUCUUUAAGGCAUUGUGUGCCUUUGUGACCAUGACCGUCUUCUCCAAGAAUUAAAAGCCACUUGUUCCUGCAAACUGUGUCAGGGAUUAAGCUUAAUAGGCUUCUGUCGUCUGCUGCACCGGACAUGACUUGAGCACAAAUGCUAACCCUGAAAUUGAGAAAUUCUCUCGGACUAUGGAAAUAAUUUCUUUCCUGCUGGUUAUAAUUUUGCUUAACACCGAAGUUCACUCUCAUUGUUUACCUGCUUGCAGCUGCGUCGAUGACCGUCAUGGAAGGUCGCUCGUCUGCAUGGAGGAUGGUGCGUUUGGCGCCAUACCGGUAAACCUUCCAGGUGAUCUGACCAAAAUACGCAUCGAAAAAUCUCACUUCACUGAAAUCCCCAGAGGUGCUUUCUCAAAAACGACCUCUUUGGAGAAUUUGUGGCUGAACUUCAACCACAUCACCGUGAUCAACUCCAAGGGUUUGGAGGGUUUGGGGAAUCUGUCCGAGCUCCGUCUGCAGGGGAACAAGCUGCGUUCAGUGCCAUGGACAGCGUUCGAGGACACGCCGCUCCUCAAGAUCCUGGACCUGAAGCACAACCAGCUGGACGUCCUGCCGGAGCACGCCUUAAAGUUCCUACCUGGUCUGACCUAUCUAGACUUGUCUUUCAACAGACUCACGGUUAUAUCAAAGGAGGUCUUUCAAAACUGGCCUCUCUACCAAAAACUCCAGAACAUGGAGGAGCGCGAGGCGAUGGCGUCCGGGCCGAAUGUGGUUCUGGCCCUGCACGACAACGCCUGGCUGUGCGACUGCCGGCUGAAGGGCUUCGUGGAGUUCAUCUUGUCUUUGAGCCCCCCGAUCAUCCUGAUGAACUCCUACUUGACCUGCUCAGGGCCGGACUUUAAAGCCGGGAAGUUCUUCCAUGAAAUCGAGCUGCAGGUGUGCGUAAAACCCGCCGUGAGCACCCCGACGGCGAGCGUGAGCGUGCCGCCGGGCUCGAACGUCACCCUGCAGUGCGUGGCCAAGGCCAGGCCUGACCCUGCCGUGUGGUGGACAUAUGGGCUCAAGAUAAUCAGAGGAUUUCCUGAAUCUCAGGAAAGAGUAGCUGAGGAUACCAUCAGAUCCCUCCUGGUGAUCCCCUCCGUCCGCAUGGCGGAUCAUGGCGUCUACACCUGCACUGCAGUCAACUUCAUAGGGAACUCCUCCUCCAGUGUUCUUCUGGAUGUCCAGUCUGCCGUCAGCCCACAGUCUCCUCAUCCUCCAGGCUUCUCAGGCGCCCCGAGUGCCGGUGACGAAAACGUCUUCAUCGACAUCCGUAUCAGUAAGCAGACAGUCCGCGGCAUCUCCAUCGAGUGGUUCGCCGCUCUCGAACACCCAGCUGACACUUGGUUCACCAUCCACUUCGGCCGCUCCGGCGCCACGAAGAAAGAAACCACCUACAUCGGGCCCGGGAUCCACUCCUACUCUGUGUCUGACCUGAUGCCCGCCACCAAAUACGAAAUCUGUGUCACCCUCAAGAACCAGGUGCCACGCCCGGGCCAGUGCAUCGUAUUCGUGACAGGAAGUGACAUCACAGAGAUGGAGCAGAGGGAGAAGCUCAUUCACAUCGUGGUGAUCGUCCUAGCCAUGGUUCUGGCCGUGCCCAUCGGCAUGUACGCCUGCACCACUGACACCAAGUUUGCCUGUCUGGAGGUCAUCAUGAAGACGUGGAAGAACCGUCAGAGAGAAAGCAGCUCGUCGGGGGCGGAGCAUGACAGGCAGGGCACUUUCGAUAGUCUGCAGGCCGCCAGCGAUGAAGGCCUGGUCAAUAAAGACUCCAACGAAGAGAGGAAGGCCGAAGGAAGAUGUGAAAGAUGACCAUAUGUCAGCUGUGUAGAAAUACUGUCAAGCUUUGCGCGUACACAUUAGAUGACACGGUCUGCCAUCGUUUGUCCAAACAUCUUCUCUCUUGGCAAAAGAGUUUUUAGAUAUGAAGCUUAUGUGUGAGUCAAACAUCUGUAUUUUAGUUUAUUUUAUUUAGUCUCUCACUGUUCAUGAUCUGUUCAACAUCUGGGGAUUUAUUUUUACAAAGUUUUCUAACAAAAAUGGUGAAAAAUGAUACUACUAGCUACUUUUUCCACACAUUUCCAUAUUUGUAUGUGUAAACUAGCUCUUUAUAUAUGUAACGAUAUGUAUUAUGCUUGAAAUGCAUAAAAAUUUUUUCAUUUUUGAACAA